GCGCAGACCUGGGGCGGCGGGUCAGUUGAGCGGAGAGGGCCAGUCAGCCGAUUUAGGCCGCUCCUGGACACCUCGGAGUUGCUGCCGCCAUGGCUAGUCAGUCGCAGGGCAUCCAGCAGCUGCUCCAGGCCGAGAAGCGAGCCGCGGAGAAGGUGUCCGAGGCCCGCAAGCGAAAGAACCGAAGGCUGAAGCAGGCCAAAGAAGAAGCCCAGGCUGAAAUCGAACAGUACCGCCUGCAGAGGGAGAAGGAGUUCAAGGCCAAGGAGGCUGCGGCUCUGGGAUCCCACGGCAGCUGCAGCACUGAAGUGGAGAAGGACACCCAGGAGAAGAUGACCAUCCUCCAGACCUACUUCCGGCAGAACAGGGAUGAGGUCCUGGAUAACCUUUUGGCCUUUGUCUGUGACAUCCGGCCAGAAAUCCACGAAAACUACCGCAUAAACGGAUAGGGGAAGAAGGGAAGAGCCUGUUCUGUGAAUUGGCAUUUUGGAUGCCUUCAUGGAAUAUGAGGCUUUUGCAAGGCUUGAGUUAUGUUCUUAUGAAAAGGCAUUAAAUUAUUUCUGUACAUUAUAUCGUAGGUACUUUCACUUUUUGCACAAUAGCAAAUCUAGCUUCUUUGUACACACUUAGAGCUCAUCCAAAGAUUUAUCUUACUUCAUACUUUUUAGAAAUUUAAUGUGUAUACGUUGUGUGUUUUCAUAUGCCUUUUCGCUCAAGCAGCAUACACAUCAAUACUGACUUUUUCUUUCUUAGAUAUAGUUUUAAAAAAAAACAAUUUUCUUAAGAAAGAAAGGGAUUAAAGAUUUUUUUUUCCCCUAAAUCUUUCUUGAAGGUCAGGGGCUUUUAUCUAUGAAAAAGUAGUAAAUAGUUAUUUGUAACCUAUGUGAAGCAGCAGCCAGCCUUAAAAUAGUCUUUUCUGGCUGAGGGUUAGAACAAUGGGUACUAGUAUAAUUGUUUGGGCUGCUUUUAGUUUUUCUUAAUCAAAAUUACUAGAUAAUAGAAUUCAAGAACUUGUUACAUGUUACUACUUGAUGUACCAAUGCUGUACUGAUAAAAGUACUUUUAAAAAAGUAA